AUGGAGCGAUUGGGCGAGGGCUCAUUUGCGGUGGUUAAACGUGCCACGUGGACCACGAAAACAGGCCAGAAAUUGGACGUUGCCGUGAAGAUUCUUCGCGAAUCGACGCCUGAAAUGAUCGAGGAUUUGCAGCGAGAAGUGAACAAUAUGCAAAAAUUGCAGCAUCCAAAUCUCAUUCAGCUUUUUGGAAUUGUCUUUUCCAGUUCUGGCAUGAUGGUUGUUGAGUUCUGUGAUGGUGGCGCAUUGAUCGAUCGCAUAAGGUCCACCGAAAAACCGGUGAUUCUCGUUUCGAUGCUUGCCGAUUACGCACAGCAGAUUGCCAGGGGUAUGGCAUAUUUGGAGCUUAAACAUUGUGUACAUCGAGAUUUGGCUGCACGUAACGUUUUGCUUACUGAAAAUGAUCGGGUCGCCAAAAUUUGUGAUUUUGGCCUAAUGCGGGUACUCGAGAAUAACGAACGCCUUUACGUAAUGUCCGCACAGAAGAAAGUACCUUUUGCAUGGUGUCCCCCCGAAUCUUUACGCUAUCGGCAGUUUUCACAUGCUUCCGAUGUCUGGUCAUUUGGUGUUACGUUGUGGGAAUUAUUUUCUUAUGGCGAGGAACCGUGGGUUGGCUUUACUGGAGCAGAGGUGCUUGUUGUUUUCGUUUCCUUUCCUCCGUAA